CCGGGGGCACGAGGGGACAGGGGGGACAGGGGGACAUGGGGACAGGGGUCCGGCAGCAGGGCAGGGGGCACUGGGGGGUCCUGAGGAGCCCUGUCCUGGUGUGGCCGGGGUGUCCCGGACCGUGGCCACUCCAGGGUGGCGGGGGGCGGUCCCGGUCCCUCCCGGCGGGGGCGGCCGCUGGGGCCCGAGGCGGGACGGGUACAGGAACGGGCGCACCGGUACCGGCAGCGGCACCGGCAGCGACCCCGGCCCGCGGUACCGGGACCAUGGCGGGGCUGGCGCGGUGCCAGCGCGAGGCCGAGGAGGUGGCGGAGCUGAUGCGACAGAACGUGGCCAAGGCGCUGGAGCGGGAGGGACACCUGGAGCAGCUGCAGAGCCGCGCCCAGGACCUGCGACAGGCGAGCGAGGCCUUCACCCGCACCACGCGCGCGGUGACGCGGCGCCAGCGCAGGGGACACCGCCGGUGGCAGCUGGUGGCCCUCGGCCUCGGCCUCCUCCUCCUCUUCAUCCUGGGGCUGGCUCUGGCGCUGGCCCUGGCACGCUCGUCCCCCGGGACUGUCACCAGCACUGUCCCCACCCCGGGGGGCACCGAGCACCCCCCCAGCACUGCAGGGAGCCCGCGAGGACAGAGGGACCACGGUGACAAAUAAGUGACAAAUAAACACCAGGGCUCUUGGGGACACCCUGCAAGGACAACAACCAACAGUGGGACGGUCCUCGAGGAGACCCCACGAGGAACAAACUCCAAAAUCUGCUCUGAAGGGACCCCACAAUAAAAACCCCCUGGGGGGAAACACCAGCAGCAGCAGCAGGAGCUCUCUGGGGACACCCUGAACCCCAAACCAGCAGGAUGGACUGGGGGGAGACCCUGCAAGAAAUAAACACCAGGAUCUG